AUGGAUAAUUAUUAUUCAUCGCCACAACUGUUUUUACAACUGGUAAAAAGAAAUACAGAUGCUGUUGGAACAGUUUGUUGUAAUCGAAAAAGUCUUCCGUCUGAUUUCAAAACUGCUAAACUUCGAAAGAAUGAACGAAUCGCAAGAUAUUACAAUAAAUUGAUGGCAUUGAAAUGCCAUGACAAGAAAUAUGUUCAUAUGUUAUCAACAUAUCAUAAAAAUGAUACUACAAUCAUUCAGAAACAUCAAAUUCAAAUUGAGAAGCCAACAUGUAUCCAUGAAUAUAAUGAUACGAUGGGUAGAAUUGAUAUGACCGAUCAACUGACAGCUGCUUACAGUAUUCCUCGAAAGAGAUUGAAAAAAAUAUUAUAA